UUAGUUUGUUGUGCAACACUAGGGCAAUCCUUGGCUAAAAAUAACGUUUAAUUUGUCACGUUUCGCCAAUAGAGUUUCUUUCUCUUAAACUACAUUCAACAUGCCUUUUUUGCCCAAUGUACCGCACAUUGUUGGGGACGAUGACGAUUUGAGCGAAGCAGAUGACCAAGCACAAAUUCCUGAAGCACAUUCAGAUCGGACAGCAGCAUUAAACACGGCAGGAGCUCCAACCUCUGUGGCUGACCAGAAAACAAUUGAUUCGCCCUCUUCGGAACUGUCCGAUUCUUCUUAUGAUAACGAAAGUGAUGCUGACGAAGAGGAUUCCAAUUGCACUGCGGAGGAGGAGGAGGAUUGGUCGAAUAAUAUUUCUUACAUAGUGCGCACUCCGGAAAGCGAAACGGAGUCAAUUGUCGAACAUCAACCUUUGAAUGCGCCUCCUGCCAAAGUAGAUAUGGAAACUGAACCAACUGAAGUUGAAGAGAGAGCUGAGGUUGCAGCCAUGGAUUGCGAGGACAGCAAUACAAAACCUGAUAUGUUAACCUUUAGUGUGUCCAGUUCUCCAGCAGAAGAGAAUUGCAAUGCAACACGUUCCCCUAAUUCCUCGCCAGAAAUGGAGACAGAAUUCGUAAAUCGAGAUUGCGAGCGGCUGAAGGAAUCCCCUUUGACUAACCCAAAUGCAGAAAAUUUAACUGGCGACUUUUCGCCUCCUUCUCGUCGUCGAUCUCUACGUUCGGCCAGUCGUAUUCCAGGCAAAUAUUUGUCUGCACCCGCUAAAAAUGCUCGUCCACGUUCACGUAAACUGAAGCUCAACGGCAACAGCUCGCCGGCGAAAACAAUUGGCGCACGCGUGGCCAAGCGACCGAGGCAAUCCAUCUGCUUGACGAAAUCGCCUGUUAAGAAACCCACUGUGCUCCUGGCUCGACCCGUCGAGGUGACCGAGUACUUUACCAAUAUCUCUGCCACGUUGGUCAGCCAUCGAGUCAAUCUGAUGCCUUUUCUGGCCAUGCGCAAGCGCAUAGAUCGCCUGGUGGGCGAGGCCAUAGCCAAGACGAAGAUACAGCGGGAAAACAAUCCAGUCAAUGUCAAUGUUCUCUAG